CGCCCGGCCCCGCACCUGCCCCCGGGGCCGCCCCGCCGGAGUCGGGCCGAGCCGCCGCGGGAGCUGCUGCCGGAGCGCCCGCCAUGGGCGUGGGCUAUGGGGGGAUGCGCUGCAUCAAGAUCCUGCUCUUCAUCUUCAACCUGACCUUCUGGCUGGCAGGACUGGCUGUCAUUGCCUUCGGGCUGUGGCUGCGGUUUGGUGGGCCCAUGGCAGAGUUUGCUACAGACAAAAAGUCCCCGGAACUUUUCUUCAUGGGACUCUAUGUACUGGUGGGAGCAGGGGCCAUCAUGUCAGCAGUUGGAUUUUUCGGGUGCUGUGGAGCAGCACGGGAGUCCCAGUGCUUAAUUGGAACAUUCUUUGCUUGCCUGUUGGUGAUAUUUGCAGGUGAGGUCACUGCUGGAGUAUUUGCCUUCAUAGGCAAGAAAGUGGCAAUACAGGAAGCCCAGAAAAUCUAUGAAGAUGUUUAUGAGGACUACAUGAAAAACCCAGUGGGGAAGGUCAACAGUACCAUCUAUCGCUACCACAUGGCUCUCCAGUGCUGUGGUAAAGGUAAUGUGGAACAGCAAACAGGAUUACCCUGUCCAGAGAACAUCCAGCUGCCAAAGAACUGCCUGGUUGAAAUUCAGAAUGUAAUUGAUACUCAGCUGCGCUUAGUUGGAAUUGUUGGAAUUGCAAUUGCUAGCAUCACAAUCUUUGGCAUGAUAUUCAGCAUGGUUCUGUGCUGUACGAUCCGUAACAUGAGAGAAAUGAUCUAAAACUGUCACUGCACAACUAUGCCCCAGGAGUUCCAGACUAAGCUUACAAGAAGUGCUCUUCUACCCAAUUUAAUAAUUGUAAUGCAUUUUAAUCAGUGUUUUAACAUACUGAGAGGAAAAUAUCCCAUUAGGUGAUCAGGUGAAUUGUAUUAGUUACAGUAAAACUGAAGUGAACAAAAAAAGGGGUUUAAAAUGUCCUUUUUAAUGAAAAAAAAGAGCAAAGGUGCAUCUAAGACUAAUUUGAUUUAAAAUGUUUGUAUAUGUGCAAUUAAGAGUUUACACAUGUAUAGACUUUGUGUAAGCACAUGCAUGUGUUUCCCUACAAACACAUCUGGAUGUGAGCAGGUCUCUGGAUGGGCAGUACCUGUCCAGGUAAAUAUCUGCAGAUGGAACAUGUUGUGUGUGCACAUCCCCCAGGGACACAGUGCUCAGAACCCUCUCACACUGAGCCCCUGUUUGCCAAGAGGGACAAAUGCCAUUGUAAAAAGUAAAACCUAUGAUCCAUUUUGUGACUUUAUUUUCCAAAGCCCAAACAGAGCAGAACUAAUAAAAUUGUACUUUAUUUUAGAAACAAUUAAUGACUAAGGGCCUACUCCAGGAAACUUGAAGAGUAGACCCACUCACAUCACUGUCAUGCAGAGACUAGGUAUUUAUUUUUUGUAGGACUGGACCCUUCAUGCAAAUGCAGAAAGCUCUGGGGGAGAAAACAUGUCCAAGGAGAUCCAGGCUAAAGGAAGAGGGGGAAAGAGGUGGGAAGCUGGCAAGACCAGCAGUCAUUUGGGACCAACUGCAGUGCAAAGUGUGCUUAAGCUUCCCAAACUAGGCUGAGAUAGACCAAAAAAACCAACUGUGAGUUCAAGGGGCCACUAAAAUCCACAUUCAGCAGCCCUUUUGUCCCAAAAACCUCACUGUGGCUACGAACUGGUGCAGGAGUGGAGCCUAGGUCCAGAAAAGCAGCCACUUUGUCAGAUCUCUCGAGAAUCUAACUGGCCUGUGGAAGCCAAACAAAGAGCGAAAGCGGUCAGAAAAAGACACACAGCACUUUAAAAUCCUCAGUUUCUGCUUCUGUGACUAUCACAGCUUCCACGGGGCUCUUACCUCAACCUCUCGUCCCUUCCUGGGGGCAGAAGGCAGGAAAGAAAGAUGGGACAUUUUUACAGAGCCAUGAAGUAAGUUUUCUUACUGGCACUUUUAGAUUGCUUGUCAGGUAUAAAAAUUACACUGUGUGCUUGAAAUACCUCAGGGCUUGCGUUUACAUAGUUUUUUUUCCUAUAUUUUAAUUUUUCUAUUUGUCAUAUUUAUUCAUAAGAGAAUGUUCCUUUUGAACCAGCCUAGAAAGGAGAAAGGUUGUUCCAAGAAAAAUACGUCAUAUCAAAGGCUCAGGAUCUCCUUAUUUUUUGCUUACACAAGAUAAUUCACAGUUUCAGAGAACAGCUUUUUGCUAACUACACCCCCAUAGCAGCAGGUAUCUGGUGAUCACCAGUUCAGAUUCCUGAUGCAGUUGUUCCAUACAUGCUGGGGAGAAGUUCAGUUAAACUACACAUUCCAACAGACCAUUGUCUAAGAGGCCUUGGAAUUUUCAAGUCAUGGGGUCCUUGUUCCACUGAAACACAGUGGAACAAAAUGGGAUUUCAGGAAAUGUGCGUAUUUUAGUGCAUAUGUCUGUGUGGGAUAUACCACCCUUUAUCUAUUAUUUAUUUAUCUCUUACUCCCCAGAGAAAUUCAAACUCCCAUCAGUUUUCUGUCACUUCAGGACUUGGGGUAGUGCUGCUGCUCCAAGUCUCUGGUUUAGUUGAACAUCUUGCUGUCUUUUACAUGGAUUUCUCUUUUCCAAUCGUCCAACCACGAGCUGUGGCACUGCACUAAGAGCUGGGCACGGCAGGCACUGCUGACUGAGCCGUGUCCAGGCUGAGCUUUAGGCUGGCAGGGACACAGGAAAUCACACACCAGAAAAGAGUGAGGCUUGUGUCACUCUGUCACAGCUGAUUAGCUAUGGAUGUUAAUUAAAAACAGGGUCUGGGACCUCAUUCUGCAAGAACCAGCACAGGAAACAGGGCCCUGAUAUGCUGCUCUCUUUAGACAGGAUCAGCUGGGAGAACAGCAGUGGCAGCAAAUCCAUGAGGGUCUCAAGCUGAACCUUAGAAACCAGUUUAACACAGCAGCCAGCAAAGCAAUUUCCUGGCUCCCAGGUGUACCUGAGACUGUCCCUACAAUGGUUGUGCUCUGAAGAGAUGAUGGGGUAGUGCCCAGCUGGGGUGUGUUGUCCCAAGGUAGUACUGGCAGAAAGAAGAAACUCUUGUAGAGUGCCAUUUUUGUCACUCAGAACAAGCCAGUUUUCCAGGAAAAUCUGUAAAAAUAGCACCAGAGCCAGUGGUUCAGGUUCCAAGACUGUUGUCCUACAGGGAUAGAAACUGAUUGCAAAUAAAGCCAUUUCCUUGUGUUACAUUCCCCCUCAUAAUGACAGUAUUCUAUGCAUUUUAAACACAUCUACACACUCCUCAAAUUCAUAGCACCAGAAUGUAAUGACAGGACCAGUGUUUAUCUUUUUAUUUAUUAUGUCUUGAGUAAGUUGGAAGAUGCCCACUCCUGCCUUGAGAUGCACUGAAUGCCAAGGCAGCUUGCAGAACCUGCUGUUGCUUCCCCAGCCCUCCACUCCCCCAGAAAUACAAAACCACCCCAGUGCCUUAGGAAAAUGGGAAAAAGUGGUAGGAAAAAACCUUCUAUAAAUUCAGACUCGACCCACCAACUUUCUGCAGAAGUGUUUUGGGUUUGUGAUUUGUUUUUUUCUUCCUCUAAAGAAAGCAUUACUUUUCUGAGCAUUCCUGCAUAAGCUCUAGGGUUGCAGUUAUUUAGGUCUAGGGGAUACUUGCACUGCACACCAGGAACAGGACAAUACCUGUUACUGGUUUAGUUAUCUAAGUUGUUGGUAUAAAUUAAGCUGGAAAUCAACAUGUUAUUCAUAUACUAGUGCCUUUAACGGAAUCCAGGGAUAAAGGUCUUUUGUAGUUUCCUGCUGUUGUGAGGUGCUUAAUACAAUUGCAGUUUUCUCUGCAUCUUAGUAACUGAAGGUAUUUUUUCAGUUACUGCCACAUCAGGCAGCAAAAAUACUCAUUUAUUCUGUCCCUUGCACCUGUGUCAGAGGAAAGUGACAAAAGAUCGGAUCUCUCCAGGUAAUACAAUUUUGAAAGCACAUCACACCAUGUUUUCUUGUUCUCCUGUCAGUUUGUUCUACAGCAUAAAGAUGUAAGUCAUUGAUGCCCUUACUGUGUCUCUAAACAUCCUUAUUCACAUUUCACAUUGUCUAAUUUUUCUAAGUUACUGAUUUCAGUGGGAGCUUCCUUUGUCACAGAGAAACCUCAGCCAGUUUUGGUACCUCUCAGAAAUCACACAGCAGCUGAUGAAGCUCAGCCCUGUCACAUCCCUAUAAUGAAGUCAUAUUUCACUUGUGUUGAUACUGAUAGUUUUAUAACAAAAUAUGUUUCAUGUGUCUUGAAAAGGAAAUUGUCUUAAGCCCUCAAAUGCUGUAUGGUACAGCCUUUGCAGGCGAUGGAUUAACAGCAUCAGAUGCUGUUCAUAGAAAAUGUACAUAAAUAAAGCUUUUCAAUCUUUUUCCUCUCUAUUGGUGCUCCAGCCACGAGGUUCUCCAAAACACUAACCACUUCCUGGAUAAUGUGUAUGGUACAGCAUAAAUUCUGAUUUUGGACAGAACUGGCGUUUAGGUUCGUGCUGCCGAGCCUGUGGCAGAAUUACCUCUUGCUUUGAAAGAAAACAAACUUAACUCUGUGGCUGAAAUUAGCUUUCACUUCCCUAUGAUGUGUUCCGAAGUGGCGUUUUACCGACUUUGUGUCUCGAAUUUGAAACAACUUCCUAAUAAAAAUAACCUGGAAUAAA